AUGACUCUCCUUCAAUCUUUCAUCUCGGAAUCCAGGAACAAGCCGUCGACGGUCAUUUUCCAGUCGUCUCCAGCACAGACAACACUACCGGUCCUGCGACAGCUUUUAACUUCGGAAAUCCUCAAAGAUGAGGCACAGACGAAGCAAUUUCUGCUGUUCAGUUUGCUCUAUUCUCCUCAUGCCUCGCUAAGUCCCGAUCACCCUGUACAAGUAUACGACUGGCUGGAAAAUGUUCCUGGCUACGGUACUUCGUCUGGGCCAUGCCCCGGGGAAGCCAUGUACACUGUUGUAAAACAAGCAUUGAGCAAGUCCACUGGGCCCGUUUAUGUCACCAUUGAUUCUCUCGAUACUCUGGCCUCGGACAUAGGUUCUACAUCGGAAGCCUAUAAAGCUCUUCGAGAGCUCCAUUCUCUUCUAUCCUCCCGCGCAGGGUCCCUGCUCAUAUUACAUGGAUUGGAGCCCAAAUUGAUCUCCCUGCUCAUCCAGCCUUCGUUCACCCCAUCGCUGAUGUACCUCAAGGGUCACCCUCCAGGAAUUGUCGCCCAUAUCGCGACUGAGUACCUUACACCACCUCCCCCCUACUCUACAAUCCCGAAAUUCUGGAGUAUCUUCACCCCGCUCAGUGAGCGACGUUAUACAGUCAACGAAUUGGUCUUUGGAACCAAAUCCGAGAUUCAUAAAGAAGUCGAGGAAAUUCUACUCGAAGUCUUGGUACGAAGGCCAGGAGGACAAGGUUCCAAGAAGCGGAGUAUCGAGAGGGAGUUAGAAGCGUGGUCUGCGAAUGUCGGGCCAUGUGAAUGGACCCAACUGGAUACCCUUCGGUCCGUCUGGUCGAAAUCAGCCAUUUCAGAGCCUACGACGGCGGUGGACCCCACGGAGAAUCUGUCGUUCAAUCUUUCAAUGACGACCGCGCAACAGGAAGCACGAGCACAGGUCCCCCUUCCCUAUGUACACGAAGGUGAUCAGACCCCCAAGGCGGCGCCUUCCGCGAACCAAGGAGUUAUUUUGUACGACCCCGAUUCAGCCGACGAUAUCGACGAUGACGACCCCGACGAAGAUCUAGACAUCUAA